CCAUGAUAUCCGGCUGCUGCAGAAGCAGUUUUUGAUUUGUGAGGUAUCACUUUGCACUUUAUCUCUUCGUGGUGCUCUCUGGUGUUACUCGUAUUUUCCGCAACACCACCAUAUGGCUGAAUUUGCUUUCCUAUAAGAUUUGGGAAUGAUACGUGCCGCUGUGCAUAUUAUAUAAUAGUUCUAUGUCAGCUGUUCUGCCAAUUUGCCAAAUGUGUGCGAAUCUACUCUUUACAACUGCUACUUCUGAUUAAGAUUAUCGACGGCAUUAGACAAUUUUAUUUAAGUAAUUGAUACACUGUGACGAAAUUCUCUGAUUUCUGUGCAGCGGUUGCCUUCAAAUUUGUUGGCAAAUUACAUAAUUAUUGUCUGCUGCCAUCAGUGCCAUGCAUCGUGUACAGUUGCUACAGUACAUCUUACGUUAGUGAACGCGUAACGGAACAUCGAUAUCGGUUGUGGGCUUUCUAAAUACCGUAUGCUAGUGAACGUGAACUUCCAGUUUUCUUUGAAUUUCAUGUUUCCUUAUCCUGUCAUCGCAGUAUCUGAAGAAUCCUUGCAGAAGAGGUGGAGCACGGCAAGGUCUUCCCUCUGGCCACGAUCCAUCGUGUCUUGCAGUUAAUUCGGAGAUAGAUCGAAUUCUCCAACCGAAUUUGACUGGCGAAUUGUCCAACCGUCCGCCGGCCUGGUAUCCUGCCAUGGGCGCCUGCUUGAAGAUGACCAACGGUUCUCCGAAUAAUAAGCUCGCAGUCGUCCCGGUGCACUUCGACUAUGUGUUGCUGACCGAGACAAUUUCUACGAACCAGCUACGCAUGUGGCCUUCGGAGGAUUCUCUGGAAUGCCGGGUUGUAGCGAAAAUCAACUUUGUCAAGAGGUUCUUGCAGUUGCCUACAAAGCAUCGCCGCAAUUUCUCACUAGAUUUUCCGGAUUCCAACAAUCUUUUUAGAGAAAUCCUCAAUAAACGGCAAAUUGUCCCGGUUUCUCUGUUUGAAAACAAAUUUGUGUACAUCCAGCAAGAAAAUUCGCAGCCGCUGUUACUGACUGAUUGGCGGGGCAUCUGUAAAGAGAUGUUAACCCUGUCAUUAGUCCACAGACGUCAAUUGGACAAUGCCGGCAGCCGUUUAUUUGCAACAACUGAGAUCAGCUACUCCGAGGUAUCCCAUUUGCCUCCAGAAUUGUUAUCCAGCACAUUCCGCAUGUUGGACGUUCGGGACCGCACACAGCAGCGUCGUGUCUGCCAACUAUGGAAUGCCAUUUUCCUUGCGGAAGAAGCGCAAGAAGUCAGAAUUAUUUUCGACCCAUUUAGCGGUUCCUGUGGUAGUGAUCCGCAGUAUAAGUUCACCGUCACCGUGCUGAAAACCGUGAAGGUAUCCACCCGGUGGCUUAUCAUUCAGAAAGCACAUCCCGAUGUGCAAACUUUCCAAUACUGCUUUUUGGACAGCCCCUGUUUACAGUCGUUGGGGCACGCUUUAUGUCAGCAGCCCGUUGGGAAGAAACGUAAAAUUGUUUUCUACAGCUUCCUCUGGCUGGCCGACGGCUUUACCUGUGAUUGCCCGGUCAAAUAUUUGGCUGACAAGUGCCAACAGCUGGCGCCGGUCUGCAGUAUGGUAAUGUGGAGACAAUGUCGGAUCUGUUGUGAUAAUUCCCUGUACGACGGUCUUAAUUCCUUAUACUACAAAGUUGCCAGCGAGGACCGCGAGGUGUACGGAUCCAGUUACGGCGAUCUCCCACUGUAUAAUGGGGCACUCAAUCCCGCGUCCAGCAACAUUUUUGGCGACCUGCUAGACAUCAUUGACAGCAAUCUGCCGGUUGUUGGGCCGGAUCUGACAACGUUGUCCGAGUGGAUAGACGUUGUAGCUGCGCUGCCAGAUGGUUGGGGGUGGAAUGGAAUUGUUAAUGAUGUAAGGAAUUACUGGUUUCGCGAUCCGCGAUCAAAAGAAAGUGAAGAGAAUUGGCUGGAUUUUCGGCAUCGACGCUGCGGCUGGGACAUAACAAAAAUGCCAAGGCCCGCGUUGUACGCAUUGACCCGCGUAAUGAUUUUGCGCAAGCGGGCUGGAAUGAGGGAGAAAAACGCAAUCGCGCUUGCUGCGCGUUUUAAAAAAUUUAUAAAAAUGGGUUAGAGCCGGGUAAAAUGGUAAUUACUGCAAAUAUCAAGUGGACAUGCCAGAAGAAUGUCCGUGCUCGGUAGUAAUAAGGCUGUUUACAAAUUAUUAUAAGAUGCACUCUGUUUAUUUUCGUUCCAAUUUUUGGGGUACGCGCUGGUUAGUACAAAUGUUUUCAGCAAAUGCAGCAACAUCGGUUUUCGAGUUAGA